AUGGGGGCAGAGAGCACCAUGGAUAGCAAGAGAGCACAGACCAACUUAGCAGUUGCUUUGUUUCAGAAAUCACAGUGUGUUUUUGUUGAGAAGCCGUUGCCAGAGAGGAGCAAGUUGUAUUCGAGGAACUACUGCAUUGUGAAUCAUGAAUCACGACCAGAGUCAGUGCUGGCCUUCUCACAUGGUGUAACUGAUGAGUCUUUCUUCGUUGUGUCUGAUAGAGUUACUAUUACGAGGUUGUGUUUACCGGAGGUGCUGAGGAAUGAUGAUGUGGAUGUUUUGAAGUUGAGGACUCGACAUGGAAAAGAAAAUAUGGUUGUUCAUAUUAAGCAUCCAAAAGCUUCAACUACACUGUUGUGUUCUCAUGCAAAUGUAGCUGAUUUGGGCAAAAUGUUCGAGCUUUUUGUUGAAUUGAGUAAUGGCCUUCGCAUUAAUCUCAUAGGAUACGAUUACUCUGGCCAUAGUCAAUCGAAUGGAAAGCCAACUGAAUCUUUCGUUCUAGCCCUAGUAGCUGAGGAGAUGAGAAGUGCUGCCAAGGCUGCUACUGAUAGUGAAUUAAAUUAUAGUUACUACAUCUAUAACUCAACAUCGUAA